GGCGAUGGCCUGCGCAGUACUGCAACAUUUGCACAGCGACCCGCAGCCGGAGGCGGCCACUACUGCCGCUGUUCGUUGACGGUGGCCUGUCUGGGCGAGCUGCGAUGGAGCGGCCGCCCGGCGCAUGGCGUUGCGGCGUUGCAGCGUUGCAGUGUUGCAGCUCGCGGUCGCGCGUGUGGGCAGAUGCUGCACCCGCACCCGCAUCGCUUGCACUCUCACCACCGCUGCCUGCGCCCACGGCUGCAGCGACAUGCCGCUGCCCACCUGACGGCACACCAUGGCCGUCGACGACUUCUUGAGUCGAGACACCGACGCCUUUGUGCUGCCCUCCAAGUCGUUCUAUCCCACCAAGAUCCCCAUCGCACACUACCAGCUGCGGCACUUCAUCAGCUCCCCGGAGCCCGACGUCGUCUACUAUGCGAGCGGCUGCGACAUCUUCUGCCUCAACGCCGCCACCCAGACGCAGGCCCACGUCGCCACCCUGCCCUUCGAGGCCCGCUGCACGGCUGCUGGCUGCGGCUUCGUGUGCGUCGGCGGCGCGGACCACGGCAACUUUGCCGCCAUCAAGGUCGCCGGCUUCCCUCCCGUCGACGACUCGGGCGCCGAGUUUGAGACCCGCCUCUCCCGCCCGCCCCUGCUCGCCACGGCGCGCCGCAUACAGCUCGAGAAGAUUGGCGAGGACAUUGUCAACUCCAUCUCGAUACACACCCUCCCCGCCACCGCCGGCGACGGUCGCGACGAUGUCGUCGCCGUCCUCACCAACAACGACAGGUCGGUGCGCCUCUAUUCCCUGCUGCACAACCUCGAGCUCUGCUGCAUCGACCUGCCCAUCGCCAUGAACCACGCCACCAUAUCGCCCGAUGGAUCCUUUCUUGUAGCCGUGGGCGACCAGCAGACGGGCUUCUUUUUCGAGAGGCAUCUGCCUGCCCCAGACAGACCAAGCAGCUGGAAGGAACCGAGCGACCGUCUGCGCUCCGUGCCGUCCGAGUGGAAGCUGUUUGAAGAAGUGGCCCUGUACAUUCCAUUGUCGCCCUGUGCCCAAGGAUACUUCACAACCGCAUGGUCGCCCUCUGGCCGUCUCUGUGCUGUUGGCUCCGAGUGCGGCUACAUAACCGUCUUCGACAUGGAUCACCUCAAAGUCGUCGAGGACGGCGAAGACGCCAUCCUCGGCGUGAUCAGUUCGACAAGGCCCGACGCGAACGCGGGGCCCGGCGCCGUACGCACAAUGCUCUUCUCUCCAGCGCCGUCGGACUUUUUGAUCUGGAGCGAGGACCAGGGCCGAGUGUGUGUCGCCGACCUGCGCUGUGCACUCAAGGUGAAGCAGAUUCUGACUCUGGAUCCCAAAGCGGACGGCUUGGAACGGAUCGAGGUCGCCGACUUCGACUUGAGCCUGCCUCCGGACAUGUCAGACGUACGCCGGGAAGCCGACUUCAUUCGCAGAUAUCGUCGCACCCUGGACGCCGAAGGAAUACAGGCAGCCGUCGACACAGCCAACGAGUACUUUGAGGCAGACUCGGAGCGACAGAGGGCGCUGCGACGUCUCGGCGUGGUCGAGUCUGACGACGACCCACACGGGCUCUCGUCUGAAGAACGGCGGAUUCUAGAGACGCUGCGAACGUCACGCCACACGUUGGAAGCACGGCAGCCGGGGGGGAUCCGGCCCCGAAGCAUCAACUACACAACGGCGAGCCAUGUGGAAGCUGCACGGUACGAUGGGCACGAGCGUACUAGACUUGGCUCGCGAGCUGACGUUGUGCUCAGAGACCGGGCUGCCGCCGCCCGAGACGUGCCUUCUGACCCACUAGACGACCUGCUCUCAGAAAGUCUCCGGUCAACGAAUCGCUACCUCGGAGAACGCACGGCACCUCGACGCCAAGCCUCGAUCGUCGUGUCGAUCAACGAAGGCACCGUCAAUGCGCCAGCCCACGCGCAAACCAACAUCACAGACGCUGUCACGACGAGAUCACCAAACACCAUCAGUGCGCAUACACGCAGCGAGAUCAUAUCGUCGACGGACAACGCCUGGCGAACGAUCCAGGCGGCGCUUGCCAGCCAGGCCAGCAGCGCGGCACGUGCGAGCACGUCGAAUCCUGCAGCCAGUAGCAGCCAGCCAACCGCACCCGAACUGCGCAGUGAAUUGCGUCGUCUCCGCCAGCUCACGCAGGUGCGCGAACGGCUCCGCACCGAACGCGCCAGCCAGCUGUCGACCGAGGCGUACGAAUUCAGCGUAGGGCUUCGGAGGGUGAUCCGUAGCACACACAAUCCAAGUUACGGCCUGCGCACGGCAGGGCUCGCGAUAAGCCAGGAUGGGCGGACGCUGUAUUGUGGAACCGAAGAGGGCAUCUUCGAGUUCAAGAUGAACGUGCACGCCCGCAAGGGGUUCCCCGCAAUCACUCUUCGUUGAGGGGUGCUGUCGUCUGUCACGGCAUGUGCAGCAGCUUCCUCACUCUAAAUGGUCUUUUUGUUGUUAUUACUUGGGCGUGUUUGGACGGCAUCUGGGUCAGCGAGCAUCGGCGUACAAGGUGGUUCUGGGACAUUCUUUUGUGUAUUUUCCGUCGCUGUACAAAAGGGAGGCGUGUGCAUACUCCAGGAUAUGGGUAGUCGUUGGCAAAUGAUAUGAUCGCAGCAAGAACAUUGACUUGUUUCCAUUCACACACAGUGAA